UAAAUAACAACCCAGCCAGUAGCUACUUCGUCUUCCUAUCCCGCCAUAUUCCAUUCAAAAUCUUUCACGCAUCGAGCGAAUUCUGAGUUUUCUUCUUCCGUCGUUUUCACUUUUUCGCUGUAACUCUUGAAUUUCGCAUUAACAGCCGAAAAUAUGGUCGCUGCACAGAAAGUCAAGGAAGCUGAAAUCACCGAGCAGGAUUCGCUUCUUCUUACGAGGAACUUGCUUCGAAUUGCCAUAUUUAAUAUAAGUUACAUCAGAGGCCUAUUUCCUGAGAAGUAUUUCAACGAUAAGUCUGUUCCAGCUCUUGAGAUGAAGAUAAAAAAACUGAUGCCAUUGGAUGCAGAAUCUCGCCGACUUAUUGAUUGGAUGGAGAAAGGAGUAUACGAUGCUUUGCAGAAGAAGUACCUAAAGACACUUUUCUUUUGUGUCUGUGAGACAGUUGAUGGACCGAUGAUUGAGGAAUAUGCAUUUUCCUUCAGCUAUUCGGGUUCUGACAAACAAGAGGUCUCCAUGAAUAUCAAUCGCACUGGAAACAAGAAGCAGGGUGGGACAUUCAAAAGUAACAGUACCACAGAAAUUACUCCCCAGCAGAUGAGGAGUUCUGCUUGUAAAAUGAUUCGAACACUUGUUCAGUUGAUGAGAACUCUGGACAAAAUGCCCGAAGAGCGUACCAUAUUGAUGAAGCUUAUCUACUAUGAUGAUGUGACGCCUGCAGAUUAUGAACCUCCAUUCUUCAGGUGUUGCACAGAAGAAGAAGCCCGCUGUCCAUGGACAAAAAGUCCAUUGAAAAUGGAGGUUGGGAGUGUAAACAGCAAGCAUUUUGUGUUAGCUCUCAAGGUGAAGAGUGUUCUAGAUCCUUGUGAGGAUCAGAAUGAGCAAAUGCAAGAUGAUGAUAUGAGCUCUGGAGCUGAUUCCACACAGAGGGAUGAGUAUUUAGAUUCUGACAGUGAGGUUGACCAUACUCAAGGUCAAGGGGAUCGAUAUAUAGUUGCUCCAAUAGAAAAACAACCACAGGCAAAUGAUGGCAUGGAUGACCAAGACAAUACACAGGAUUCUAUGGAAGAUGACCGACAGUUAGACCGCGUGAAGGAUUGGAUUCAUUAUUGCCACCUUGACACUGUUGAGCUUACUGACGUUCUCGCAAACUUUCCUGACAUCUCAGUGGUUUUAAUUGAAGAGAUCAUGGAAAAGCUUGUUAAGGAAGACGUGCUGUCUGAAACGGGAAAGGAUACCUACACCAUUAACAAGCAAAAGAGAUCUGAUGAAUAUGAGUUCUCAACCGUGAAAGAGGAAGCUGACGAUCAAACUAUUCAAGUUAUUGAUGGAGUUCCCCAGGUUGAAGAUAGCCUUUACAUGAAGGCUCUCUAUCAUGCUCUACCAAUGACCUAUGUGACAGUCGCAAAGCUUCACAACAAGCUUGAGGGAGAAGUAAGCCAGACAGCCGUGCGCAAGAUAAUUCAUAGAAUGAUUCAGGAUGGUUUUAUUGAACCCAAAGGCAGCAGAAGAUUGGGGAAACGUGUGAUCCAUUCUGAGUUGACUCAGAGGAAACUGAUGGAAGUCCAGAAGGCUCUGAUGAGUACCAGUGUUGAAGCUAUGGAAAUAGAUCACAGUGAACCAAAUAGUAAGUGCAAGCUCAUUUGUUUCCAUGCAAAUGGAAGUAACAACAGGGAGGGAUCCACAUGUGGUGUCCUCCAUUCCAUUGGAUCAGAUCUAACGAGGAUGAGAGUUAGAUCUGACACCAACCAAACUGACUCCACCAGGAGUGGGCUGAAGGUGAGAGAGUUGGGGAACACUCCCACUAGCAGAGUCGAGCCUGUAACUUCUAGGGAGAGUUUUGCUCCAGGUAAAGAGAACAGCAUAGCAAACGAACGUUCAACUAUAAACCAGGGUAACGAAGUUGAGACUCUUCUCUGCACUAAUAACUCUCAGGACAAGCGAUCGAGGAAAACAAGCACGGUCAAGGAGCCUAUCCAUCAAUAUUUUAAGCGCCAGAAAUCUCAAGUUCAGUGAAUCUGCACUACAUAAAAUCUAAGUCCGGACUUCUUUUGGUCCCACACCACAAACAAUAUGUCGUGAUAUGGUUAACUAUUUACAUAUAUCUUAUAUGUAGCGGGAGCGUCAAAACUUACUGAUAGUAAGUAGUACAGAAUUAUCAUGCAGGGUCAAAUUCUUGUGUCUAUAGACUAUAGUCCUGCCUGAUGACUUCAUUGUGAUUGGUCAAAACAAUACUCCCUCUGGUACUAGUUUUUAGCCGGAGUUAGUACGUAUGUUCAAUUCUUAUCUUCA